GUAGUAACAAUCUCUCCUAAUUUUAAUUUAUAUAAAAUAGUAGUUUUACCAGCAGCAUCUAAACCAACCAUUAAAAUUCUCAUUUCUUUACGACCAAAAAGUCCCGAUAAUAAUUUAGAAAUUGAUAAACCCAUCUUGCCUUAUGUCGUUCUAUCUUAUCUUUCUUCGUGAGAUCUGAUUUAACAAGAUGAUUAAAGUAAUUAACUAUGAUUGAAUCGAAUUGUUCAGCUUAAUUGGUUUAAUCAAUCAAUCAAAAUUGAGAGGAAAAAGUGAUUUGUGUUCUCUUUGUUAAAAGACACGACCCCUUUUGGGUGAGUGGGAGGAGGAAGUGGAAGGUCGUGUGGCGAUGUUCAAAAACUUAUAUUUACAACCAACUUGAAAACAACUUGAACCAGUUCAGUUUGGCAGCACGAACCAUAUUUCCAUCAAUCAAUCAAUCAAUCAAUCAAUCAAACUUAAGAGGAUGGUAUCGAUAGAGGUAAUUCAUCCAUCCAUUCCCUUGCUGGCUGAUACCACACAUUCUAUAAACUCAACCGUCUUGGAUAUUACACCUCCACCACCACCACCACAGACUAAUAAUCUUCAACAGGAACUACAUGACUUAAUACAGUCUCAUAAAUUAGGUAUACCUAUCUUUAAACUUGAUGAUGGAGAUGAUAACUAUUACGUAUUGAUUAAGGAUUUGGCCCUGGUGUGGAAUUUCCCAUCAUCUUAUCAAUUGAUUAUUAAAUUAAUCAAACAAUCGAAAUUAUCAAAACUGGAUUUAAUUUAUAAUUCCAAACCUGAAUUAAAUCAAGAACUAUUAUCUCAUAAUCUUAUCAGCGCUAAAGAUGUUAAUUUCAGUUUAUUCUAUAGUAAGUUGUCUACCAUAUAUGCCAUUAUUAAUAAUAAGGAUGUGUUUAUAAAUCAAAAUCCUCCUGACUUUAUCAUAUCUCAAGUUAAACAACAACAACAAGAGUUACUCGUUAAAAAGGAUAGUGGGGUACGUAAUAAGAGUGAAGAGGAUGAAGACGAUGAAGACGACGAUGACGACGACGAUGAUGAUGAAGAUGAAGACGACGAUGAUGAUGAUGAAGAUGAUGAUGACGACGAUGACGAUGAUGAAGAUGGGAAAAUUGUGGCUAAAAAGAGAAAGUUAACCCCAUCUUUAUCGGAAGAUCAACCAACUUCUAAUAAACAUCAUCAUCAUCAUAAACACCACAACUCUUCAAAUGCUUUGGAAAAAGUAACUAUAAGUCAAGCAUUUCCUCAAUAUGGUAUAGUGGGCUCUACCAUUCAAUUAAAUCAUUCUGCCUUCAAUUCAUUAAAUCCAAUCACUAAAUUAAACUACUAUAAAUCAUUAUCAUCUCCAUAUAAAUUCUUACCCAAUUCAAAAUUAACCUUUAGUGAUCGUGAAUUAAUCUAUAGAAAUCAAGAUGAUUCAGAAUUAAAUAAUAUUAAAUCUCAUGAAGUUGAAAAGAAAAGAUUUAGAAAACCAAUUGGGAAAUCAAAGAAACAUAAUAUCAAUAUUGAUCCCAAUUCAAUUGAUUUGACUGAAUCUGCUAUACCAGGUCAAGGUUAUAUUCCUGAAUUUAAUAUUAAUCAUUUAUGUAAAGUUCCAAAUUAUUAUAUUACAUCAAAUCAACAAUAUAUUAGUGCAGCAGCUGCUGCCGCAGCAGCUGGUAUUGGAUCUAAUUUAGGAACUCCAACUACUGGUACUGGAUCAGCUUCAUCUUCAUCUUUUAAUCUUAAAAAGAUUAAUUCUACUUCAAAUUCUUCCUUUUUAUUUACUGAAAAUAUUAAAAUGCCAAAUCAUGUUAAACAAUUGAUCUUUAAUGGUGAUAAUGAUUAUCAUCAUACUAAAUAUUAUUAUACCAAGAGUUAUAGAGGUCCAGGAUCAGGGAACUAUAAAGAUGCCGCUUUAAUGAAUCGAAUUAAUAAAAUUCAUCUUAUUAAUAAUAAAAAUAUUCAUCAUCCUCAUAAAGCUUCUAGUUUUAAAAAUCAUAAACAAAGAUAUAAUCAAGGUUUAAAAGGAUUAUUAUUUGAAAAAUUUAAUAAAGAAUAUGUUGAAUCCGUAUUAUCCAAACAAAGAAAAUAUACUGAAGAUUAUGUUAAUUUAGAAAUGUUACAUAAUAAUUUACAAUUUAAUUUAUUAAUUAAUAGUUAUAGAGAAAUUAGUGAAGAAACUUGGGAAAAUUAUUAUAAAUUUAAAUUAACUGAUUUUGAACAAUUAAAAUCGUUAAAUCAAGAAAAAUUAGAACUUGAAACUAGACAAGAUGAAAUUAAUCAAAAACAAUUAUGGCAUGAAAAUGAAAAAAAGAGACAAGAAGAUUUACAACAAUUAAUUAUUGAAUUAAAUGGUAACUUGGAAAGUUUAAAACAUGAAAGAAUUCAACGUCAAAAGGAAUAUGAAGAAAAGAAAAGACAAAAUGAAUUAGAAUCAACAUUUAAUGAUCCAUUCGUUGGAACAGGUUCGGAUUCAUCUUCAUUAAUUGAACCACCCAAUUUUGAUGAUAUUUUAGAAAGAGAACAAGCUUUAACAUCUCAAUUUGAAAUAGAUAAAGAAUUAUUAAAACCGGUUCCACCACCAUUACCAACUGAAACUCCUCAACUUGAUGUAUUAUCAAGAUUCACUUUACCUUCUUUCCAUCCUGAAAUUACUAAUCAUUUACCUCCUGAUUUAAGACAAGAUCAACAAUUAAAUGAAGAUGAUAUCCCAUCUAUAAAGAAACCAAUCCGUUAUGUAACUACUUAUGCUGAUAAGAAUAAUCCGGAAUUAUUAAAUCGAAUUGAAAUUGUUAAAUUACCUAAUUCAAAUGCUAUUGGUUGGGAUAAUUUAAAGAAAUUUAGAUAUGAAUAAAUUAAAUUAAAUUAAAUUAAAUUA